AUGCCCAAGAGCAAGAAGCGUACCCGGGCUACUCGCCGGAGAAAUACCCGGCAAGAGCCUCAACAUGAAGAGGCUGCAGAGAACGAAGGGCAGCCCACAGGCACCAAUAACGAUGAGGACGUCGAUAUGGACCGGGAAUUGAAAGAUUUGGAUUCAGACUUUGAAAAAUUAUCCGACGAUGAAGCCCCAACCGCACAAAAACGUCGUCACAAGAAGGCCAGAAUCGAUGAUGUUACCAUACAGCGAUUUGGGGAACGACCGGAAAGCCUGGGGCAGCUUCCUGCUAUGGAUGAUACAGACUCUGCAGUUGAAUACUCGGAUGACUCCGAAUCUGAUGAGUCAGACUCUGAUGAGCUGUCUGGAAUAAAUGCACUGGAAUCCAGGAUGAGGAAGGAGUAUACUGCGCUGGCGCGUGGAAGGGUACUUUACUGGUGGCCAGUCGGCACAGGGACCCAGAUUUUUGUCCGGUAUGGCUCAAAAAGGAACCCUAUAUACCGCGUACGCGCGGGAUCUUCUGAGCCCUACGACCCGCAAACGGCAGAACUAGUCCUGUCCAACACUCGUGGGAACUCGAAGUCUACUCUUACCACGGAUGGUAUACUCCAAGAGGUAUGGAAGUAUUCCCGCGAUGACGUUUCCGAUAUUAUAGGCGUAGGUUGGAAGGUCGAGGACGACGACGAAGCCAAUACCAAUGCCCUGGCAUUAAUUCGACCGCAGCGAUACGCAACCUACCCACAAAGGGUUCUGGUGAAAUGGAAAGACGGGAAUACUACGCUGGAGCGUCGAGGAUUUGUUCGACGUAUUGCCAACGGAAAUAGCUUCAACGGAGAUCGGAUGAUCUAUCUAAAGGCAAAAGAGCUUGAAAACGCUUACUGGGGAUACAAUGUCGAGGAACAUUGGGAUCAUGACUCAGACGACAGUCAUGAUGAAUCAUCAGAUGAAUCAUCGAGUCGUACUUAUAGUUCCCGCCCUAGGAAAGCUCCCUCCAAAUCCAGAAGAGGCGUUCGUAAUGUGGAGUCCGAAUAUGAAGAAAAUGACACGGAUUCAGACACUUCCCUGUCCAGUCUUGAGCAGGCACGGAAAACACGCAGGUCUAGCCGACGCACUAGGACCAGGAAGUCCAAGCCUCCAAAUAAGAACGCGGCUAUUGAUGCUGAGAUUCGCCUCCUGACGAAGGAGCUCAACCGGCUCCAAGUUAAACGUCAACGAGGUAGCCGUGAGGACCAGACUGUCUCCCGGAGUCGACGCCGGAAAAACCUUGGUUAG